AUCAAUACCGAAGUGGUCUUAAGACAAUUUUAAGCUACUUAUUACAUUUACAUGCUACAUUCAGUGUUUAUUGUAACCGCAUUGUUACUGCUGUAAAGCUUAUUACGGCCUAAAUUAAGGAUUUAGUUGACAGGACUGACAGAAAGUAUCGUAACUUUAUCAGUUUAAGGCGGCAGACGCUUGAGAAGAUGGACCAAACUUCAUAUCCUCGCAUCUAUGUGGAAACAACUCUGGCCCUCAUCAAGCCAGAUGCCAUACACAAAGCUGAGGAGAUUGAGGACAUUAUACUGAAAUCGGGCUUCAGUAUCCUGCAGAGGCGGAAGCUGCAGCUAAGUCCAGAACAAUGCAGUGACUUCUACGCAGACCAAUAUGGGAAGCUCUUCUUUCCGAGCUUGACUGCCUUCAUGAGCUCUGGCCCCAUCAUCGCCAUGACCCUGGCCCGGGACAACGCCAUCGCCCACUGGAAGUCCAUCAUUGGGCCUGUGAACAGCGCCAAGGCCAGAGAAACUCAUCCAGGGUGCCUUAGAGCAAAAUAUGGCAUUUCUGACCUUAAAAACGCACUCCAUGGCAGCGAGUCAUUUCAUGCAGCUGAAAGGGAGAUCAAAUUCAUGUUCCCAAACUCUGUAAUUGAGCCUGUUCCUUCGAGAGAAGCCACAAAGGAAUACCUGAGCAGGUAUGUAAACCCAACUCUGCUACGUGGACUCUCUGACCUCUGCAAGCACAAGCCUCACAACCCCUGUAUUUGGCUGGCUGACUGGCUGAUCAACAAUGAUCCAAACAAACCUCAAAUAUGUGAUGUGGAAGAUGCAGAAUGAUAACAGGGAAAAAAAGAGGGACAGAUAUAUGACUGGAUGUUUGUUUUCAGAACUAUGAUGAAA